AUGGAGCUGUGUGUGGGGAUUCACCUGGUAGCCCCAGAAACUCCUCUCAGCCCAAGGACAAUGAGUAACCGGACGCUGGUGACAGAGUUUAUCCUACAGGGUUUUUCAGAGCACCCAGAAUACCGGGUGCUUUUGUUUGGCUGCUUCUUCUCCCUUUAUUCUAUGGCACUCACAGGGAAUGGCCUCAUCAUCUUUGCCAUUGCCUUCAACCGUGGGCUCCACACUCCCAUGUACUUUUUCCUGUUCAACUUGGCCACCAUGGAUGUGAUAUGCACCUCCUCCAUCAUGCCCAAGGCACUGGCAGGUCUGUUGCUGGAGAAGAGUUCCAUCUCUUAUGGGGGCUGUAUGGCUCAGCUCUACUUCCUCACAUGGUCCGCGUCCUCGGAGCUGCUGCUCCUCACGGUAAUGGCCUAUGAUAGGUAUGCAGCCAUCUGCCACCCGCUGCAUUACAACUCCAUGAUGAGCAAGGCAUGUUGCAGCACACUGGCUGCGGGUGUGUGGGCGCUCUGUGCCUUCAACACAGCCAUCCACACAGGACUCAUGGUGCGAUUGGAUUUCUGUGACCCCAAUGUCGUCACCCAUUUCUUCUGUGAGGUUCCGCCUCUGCUGCUUCUCUCCUGUAGCUCCACCUAUGUGAACAGCAUCAUGAUCGUCCUGGCUGAUGCCUUUUAUGGUGUGCUGAAUUUUCUGAUGACCAUCGUGUCCUAUGGUUUCAUCAUCGCCAGCAUCCUGAAGAUGCGAACUACAGAGGGGAAAAAGAAGGCCUUCUCAACGUGCUCCUCCCACCUCACUGUGGUGUGCAUGUAUUACACCGCCGUCUUCUAUGCCUACAUAAGCCCUGUGUCCAGCUACAGUGCAGAGAAGAGCAAGGUGGCUGGUGUGCUGUACACCCUGCUGAGCCCUACUCUCAACCCACUCAUCUAUACUUUGAGAAACCAUGAAGUCAAAACAGCUCUCAGGAAGCUUUUCCCAUUCUGCAGGAAUUAAUUUCCAUCUUCAGAAGCACUUCUCCCUUCCUGAGAAUUGUGAUUUUGUUGGAUAGUGAACUUCCUGGGAGGGGUCUCAUGAUCAGGUUUCUGGACUGGAGGGUGAGUAAACCUGUCUAUUUCAUUCUAGUAGAAUGUCUGCAUGGACAAACUCAGAAUUCAGGUGCCCUGGGACUGACGGAGGUGAGGAUUGGGGAUCCAGGGGACUUACAGACCCCUAAAAAGUGAGGUCCCAUAGUCAGAUCCCAAACUAAGAAUGUAGUGUAGGGAAGUGCUCCAGCAGA